AUGGACGCCAAAUCGCUCCUCCGCGCCAAAAAGGCCGCAGCGCGUAUCGAGCACCCGUACGCUAGCUACAGCGCCGCGGGUGUGCUUCGGUGCAGCGUGUGCGCCGUGUCAGUAAAGCAGUGGGACGCCCACCUCCUCACCAAACAACACCGCCAGUCCGUCGCGCGCGAAAAGGAGCAAGCGGCAAAGCUCGACAAGGCCAAGCGCAAGGCCGAGGCCGCCGCCGACACUGCCAGCGCCGCUAAACGGUCCAAGACGUCCGCGGCGCCCGUAGACAGCGACGACGACGACGGGUCAGACGACGGCGGUGCGGCACCGGCGCUCCCUGCUGGCUUCUUUGAUGCGGGCAGCCGGCCAGAGUCUGCCGAUGCCGGGCCAUCAGUCCCCACCCCGCCUCCUGCGCCGCAGCCCACUGGCGAUGCCGAGCUGGACGAUUUCCUCGCGUCAUUGGACGACGGCGACGGCGACAAUGCCGCGCCCGCUUCCGCCGCACCAGCUGCUACAGCUGCGGCGCCGACGCGCCGCCGCCAGACGUACAAGGACGUCGGCGACGGCGUGGCGUCGUACUCUGCCGCCCCGCAGCUGGUGUCCGCCGCCCCAGCUGGGGAAAGUGCGGCUGACGAGGAGCCCGAGGCGGAGCCCGAGACAGAGGCGGAGAAGCGCGCGCGUCUGGAGAGGGAGGAGAGGGAGGAGAUCAUGGCCCGACUGGAUGCCGAGGAGCGUGCACAGGAGGAUGCCGACUCGCGUGUCAGCGCGCUCAAGAAGCGUAUGGAGGCGCUCAAGAAGCGGCGUGAGGCCAAGGCUGGGGCUGGAGGCGCAAAGGCCAAGGCCACGACCAAGGGGACCACCGAGGACAAGUAG